ACACAUAGAUUCUCGCACUUCCGGUUUUGGGUGCGAAUCAGCUUAAACAAUCUUUGCGAGAUCUGGCGGCAAGUGUAUUGCUGCUGCCCCCUUUUUUUGAUUUCUUAUUCAUUGUUUUCUUGUUCGUCUUCAAAACAUGCCUUCGUUUAUGGAGCUUCCGCAGGAGGUGCGCGAUCAGAUAUGCGGCGAAGUUCUACUUUCUCCAACCGCAGAGGCACCCGACCUAGGGCUCUCGUACAAAGCCAUGAUCGAAGGCCGGAAAAGCUAUAAUUGGCCUGAGACUAGCGGUCGGGAUAGCUCUCGCUAUUGCAUCAGAUACCUACCGUCGGCAAGCACCACAGUCGCAACAUGCACGCCCCUGCUGCUCGUCAACCAUCAAUUGUAUGCCGAGACCAUGGCCAAUCUCAGCGCCACGCCUCAGUCUAGUACAUACGACCUAGAUCUCAUUGUCCUAGACGAGAGAUUGCUGUGCCCGACCUGGCUGCGGGUGCCGGUACUCACAAACAACGUUGAUCAGGUCAACGUCCAACUCCGCGUCGCAGGGUGUCAUCCAAAAAACGUAGAGGAGUACCGCGGAAUCGAUAUCGGUACGCGCAGUUUGUUUGCCCGGGGUGACGGUGGGCCGUCCCUCAUGGUGUGGUGUUUUUACGCCGUGCUCGUCCGCUUCCUCCGCGUCGGACCAACGGGGGAAUGCCAAUCGAACCGGAAACAUCGGAGCAUUGUCCUCAAAACCCUCGAUAUUGAUGUUCGGACUCCGCCAAACAUCGACCCGAGCCAUUUUGUGAAGCCCGGAUCGAGCAGAAAGAGAAGCGCGAGCAAAGACAUAGGUUCUGUCGUAGAUCCUGAUUACCUUGCUCGUUUCCUCACAGGCUACAUCGAGUACCUACUCAACAUGGAUCAUCACGCGGCGCCUUAUGGCAAAAUCUUUUACAUUCUUAUGAACGAAAUUGUCUUGCGCCGCGAUGGAAAGGUGGUAGAGAGAAUCAAUAUAGCUUCGAGGAUACCUAAGCUCGCGUACAACAACGGCCGCCCUUACCACCCUUAUGAAGGCUCCAGUGAGAAGAAUUUGAACGACUUUGCCGAGUGGAAAGCUCGCGCAAUUGAGUAUCGGAAACAAAGAGGUCUUCAACUCCCGUGACUGGGAGAUGGAUCGUGACAACCUGUCCUGUACUGAAUCUAUCCCCCUGCUAAG